AUGAUAUUACGUUAUCAUUUUAACUUUGUUCUAUUUGUAUUAUGCUUAGUUUCACUUUUUGAAAAUGUAAAUGGCACGAUAAUGUGUGAGAAACGGAAAGCUGGUCGUAAGGCUCUGAACGACUCCCUAGCCAUCUCAGAUGUUGUGUUGUCUGCGACCAUACGUAAGAUUACGUUUGACCAAGAAGAUGGAAGUUUACAGUCUCUGAUUCUCCGUAUCCGUCGGAUUUUUAAAGGACGCGAGUACGUUGUGGGAAAGAGUGAUCUGAACAUCUUUGGAAUAGAAGAAGUUGAAUGUUCGAAGCAUUUGUCCUUACAUUCAACCUUUGUUUUCCCUUUGUCAGUCUCCGGAGAUCAUUUUUUCCUGGCUGCUCCCAUUUUCCCCAUCAACUUGAGUAUAUUGGAUUCGCUGCAUUCGUUUUCUCGAGGAUUACCUCAUCGCAAACGUCGUAAGCCCAAACAUACGGUCUGCGAAUCUUCCAUUUGUCCGUUGGGAUCGAAGUGCUCAGUGCUAACUGGAACUUGUGAAUGCCGGAGUAAUUGCCGAUCUUCGGGUCCAGCUGUUUGUGGUUCUGACAAUGUCUCUUAUGCUUCUCUAUGUCAUUUGUCUAUUCGUUCUUGCUUACUGCACAAGAAAGGAAAGUCUGGUCUGAAGUUAGCUUCACAUGGUCAUUGCAGCAAACGCAAUCCUUGUGACGAUUUGAGAUGUGGGCCAGGAGAAGACUGUGUUGUUUCACAGAAUAAUGGAGUACUAUCAGCUACCUGUGUCUGUCCAGCAUCUUGUCCGAAUUACGGAGAUGCAGUUGAUUCUUCUCCGGUUUGCUCAACGAACGGCGUUGAUUAUCCAUCACUCUGUAAAAUGAAACAACAUGCUUGUUCAACCAAGACGAACAUCACAGCAAAAUACUUCGGAAGAUGCGAUCCUUGUGAUGAAUUUCCAUGUCCCUCAGGAACCUCUUGUCAUCUGAAUUCUCAUCGAAAGCCUGAAUGCAGAUGUAGCGAACAAUGUUCUUUGAAAUAUGAUCCUGUCUGUGCAACUGAUGGAAAAACAUACUCAAAUGAAUGUGUUAUGAAGGUUUCUAGUUGUAAACAAGAACAGACACUCGAAGUGUUCAAACGAGGAAAAUGCGAAGAUAUUCAAACUCCUUGUAAGAAUAUUGUAUGCAGCCAUGGGUCUGAAUGUCAGAUCAGAAAUGAAACAUAUGCUAGUUGCGAAUGUGAAGCAUCAUGCACUCAAGUUAUGAAGCCCGUUUGUGCAACGAAUGGCUUGACGUUCGAUAACCAAUGUGAACUACGAAGAUAUGCUUGUGAGCAGAAGUCCAGAAUCCAUGUGAAACACCAAGGAACGUGCGGAAUCGGGUUGUGCGCGUCAUACGAAGGUUGUACAGCUCCGCAGGUAUGCACUUUGAUUGAUGAUAAACCAACCUGCGCGUGUCCAGAGUGCUCCGACGAACUCAGAGAAGUUUGUGGAAGCAAUGGAAGAACUUACGCCAAUGAAUGUAAAAUGAGGAGAGAAGCUUGUCUCUUAGAUAAGAAACUGUUUGUGAAGUAUAAUGGUGUUUGUGAUGGAUGCUCAACGAUUGUUUGUGAAUUUUAUUCCGUCUGCAUUUCUGAUGGAGUUUCUAAACCAGGAUGUAGAUGUUCCAAUGAUUGCCCUAUAGUGAAAGACAAGAAGGCUCAUUCGGUUUGCGGGACAGAUGGAGUAACUUAUUCAUCAGAAUGUCAUCUUCGUAGAAGUGCUUGUGAACAGAGAAAGUUUAUUGUUGUAGCCUUCAAAGGAAAAUGCGACGCGUGUCAACAUAUCGAGUGCAGAUAUGGAGAAGAAUGCAGGAGCGGCGUUUGUGUCUGCAGUUAUAACUGUCCUGUUAAUCCUCCUGCCUCAUCGAAAGUCUGUGGAGAGAACGGGGUUCUCUACCCAUCAGAAUGUCACCUGCAGUUAGCAGCUUGCCAGAAAGGAUCUCCAAUCUCUGUAAUGUCGUUGAGUCAUUGUCACUCUUCUGUGUCGACGUUUAGCGAUUCUUGUGAAUGUAACAGAAUAGGUUCGAUUGGUCCAGCCUGUGAUACUAGCGGUCAAUGCGCUUGUCGAGCUGGCGUAUCAGGCAAGAAAUGUGAUCAUUGUAUGCCGUCGUUCUGGGGUAUUCAUCUAAUCGCUAAUGGCGCGCUAUCAUGCCAACCUUGCGGUUGUUCCGCUUUCGGUUCUGCGCGUUCUGACUGUGAACAAACAACAGGAAGAUGUGAGUGUAAGGUUGGAGCAUUUGGAGAUAAGUGUGAUAAAUGUGGAAACGACAUGAUAAUGACACCGUCAGGAUGCAUCAGUAAAGAAGAAUACCUUGCACCAACCGACUGCAACGAGCUAAAAUGCUACCAUGGUUCAACCUGUGUGACUAAAACUGAAGGUUCUCUGCCGGAUUGCGAGUGUCCUGAGUCUUGCAAUUCCGACCACCUUGGCAUAGCUGCUAAUAUGACUGUCUGCGGAAACGACGGUAUAACUUAUGAGAAUUUCUGUCAGCUCCAACAAUUCGCCUGCAAACAUCAGCUCGAUUUGGUUGUCCGCUCGUUAGGAAUUUGUGAUGAAGAAAUUGAGGUAAUCGAUCGAUUCGAGAGAAACAAAGAGACUGCUGUCAGACUGGGAUCCUACUGUACCAUGCCAAGCGAUUGCGCUGAGAUUAAUGCUGUAUGCAAACUCCGUGCCGGGAAAAGAGGAACAUGUGCUUGCCCACGUUCAUCAAAAAUGACAAAAGAGGGUCAUUGUGAAAUUUUUAAUUCGCAGAAUAUCACAAACAUUUUCAUUGAUCUAAACGGUCGUAAUGGUUACCAUGUGAACAUCGAUAUGUUGGAUCUUUUCUUCAAUUUCACUAUUGACGUCAAUCCUAGAGUUUCAAACGGCUUGAUAUUGUUCGGCGAAGGUGAAGAAGGAGCUAAUUUCAUUCUAAGGCUAGAAAAUCGUCGAUUUGUUGUUGAAAUUGGAGAUGAUCUGUUGCAUUCUCGUGAAUAUGUUCCACUCAACUCGAACAGUUCACUCAGUUUAAUAUGGAAAAACAAAUUCGCAACCCUUAAGACUUCAAAAUCUAGUGUAUCUAUGCGAAUUGGAACAAAGAAUCAAAAGCUAAAGAAUCUAUGGAUAGGAUCAAACACUUUGCAAUAUGGACGACCAAACGAAGGAGCAGUGUCUAGAUUACUAAUUAAUCAUGAAGUAAUAUCUCAAGAUGAUAUAAUUCCAUACGAUGUUGCAGCCGGAAAAGCUUCCCAUCCAUUCAUACAUCCCGUUAGCUUCGGCGAACAGGGUGGGUUUGUGGAGUUUAAUGAGGUGGACAUUGAUGCACGUACUAAAGCUCAUAUUGAAAUACGGUUGAAACCUAUGAAAGCGAACGGUUUGCUUUUCUUCUGGACAUCUAAGGAGAAAAAGAAUCUUGAUGAGGGCUUUAUUGUUAUUGCACUAAUUAAUUUCGUCCCUCAUAUGUAUUGGAGGAACGGCCCGAAAACUCAUGAACUUAGUGGAUCAAAACUGAAAGGUCAAGAAUAUAACACCAUCAUGUUCUCCUAUAAUUCUAAAUCUCGCUCGAUCAUUGUGAAUGGAGAAAAGACUGAAAUUGAUGAACCGGUGGAAACUCAAUCUAUGAAUCCAUUGGGGAAGACUAUGUAUGUCGGUGGUGCGCCUGAUGAGAGUCAUUCAACUGUUAAUGCAAUUGAUAAUAAGAAGAAUCUCGCUCAUGAUCUGAUUCUCUCUCGUUUACGAGAUUCUCUCUCUGUAACAAACAUAGAGCAUUUUGAGGGCUGGAUCUACUGGAUGACAAUUAAUGAGCAGAUAUUGGAUUUUAGAACGGCAAAAACCCAUGGUGACAUAUCCGAAGACGUUCGUUGCACAGCAAGCUGUGAUUUCGGAGAGACAUGCUAUCAACGAGGGAACAAUCAACAGUGUCGUGGAACAGAUCUUACUUCCAUCUCAUUGGAUGGUAAGGAAGAGUAUGGAUAUGCAAAUGGAGGAGAUAAAUUCUUAACAUCGACGAAUAGUUCAAAGUUUUCAUUUGAGUUCAAGUCACAAACAACAACUGGAAUUUUAUGGUGGGAAUCAACGUGGUCUCAGAGAGACGAUGGAGAUUUCUUUGUUAUCUACCUGGCCAAAGGUAAACUGAAAAUGGGAUUGAAUCUGGGCAACGAUCUUAAAUUUCGUCCGGUUGUUUUGAAAGAAAGUAUUGAGAUUGGCAAAUGGUAUACGAUAGAAGUGGACAGGCUCGAUCGACGAAUUCGUGUACAAGUAGCAAAGGAGAAAGAGUUGACAAUCGUUACUACACCUGGAUCAACGGAGUUGAAUACAAACGGAGUUAUUUACAUAGGUGGCCGUAAGACGUCAAAGAAAUCAGUCCCACUUCAAACAAUGUUUAUCGGAUGCCUCAGAAAUUUGGUUGUUAAUUCGAAACCAGUGAACUUAUUGCAUGAUUCUAUAUCGGAUGUCAAGCCAUCGACUUGUCGUUCAUGA